AUGAGCGCGAAGUCGAACGGUUCUGUAUUACUUGUUGGAGCUGGUGGUAUCGGGUGUGAGCUGUUGAAGAAUUUAGUUUAUAAUGGAUUCAAUGACAUAACGAUUGUAGACCUUGACACCAUCGAUGUAAGCAACUUAAACAGACAAUUCCUGUUCAGUAAGAAGCAUGUUGGGCGUUCAAAAGCAGAAACUGCCAGGGACAAUGUAUUGGAAUUUAAACCAACCGCUCAUAUUGUUGCUUAUCACAAAAGUAUCUUCAGCUCGUCAUUCGACUCUGAAUUCUUCGGAAAGUUUGCCGUUGUUUUUAACGCUUUAGAUAAUCUUGCUGCAAGGAAACAUGUGAAUCGUAUGUGUAUAUCGGCAAAGAUUCCCUUAAUUGAGUCCGGCACAGCUGGUUACUUGGGACAAGUCGAGCCGUUAAUUCCCGUAGUUGAAACGAGUGAAUCGGAGGCCACCAACACAGAAGCGAAUCAAGCGACAACCUAUCGUACAGGAUGUUAUGAAUGUCAACCUCGUGGAUUAGGUCAGCGUCACUAUCCAGCCUGCACCAUACGUAACACUCCAUCUGAGCCAAUUCAUUGUGUUGUUUGGGCAAAGUAUUUAUUCAAUCAGUUAUUUGGUCAACCUGAUGUGGAUGAUGAAGAUAUCUCUCCGGAUUUCACCGAUCCAAGUCUGCAUAACCAUGAUCGUAAUCAGAUUAAUGAUGAGUUGUUGCCGGCUAAAAACGAUCUUAUUAAUAAAUCUGAUGAUGUGUUAAAUACAGAUGGUACAGCGAUUGGAAAUUCAGUUAAACCUGAUCAGAUUAGUUUAAGAGAAUGGUUUCACAUUCUGUGGUCUAGUAAUGAAAAUGACCAGUCUAAUUUAGAAAAUGGUAAUAUUUCAUCUGGUGCCAUUUCACUAUCUUGGAGAUUAUUUCAUCAUGAUAUUGUCACAUUGGUUAGUAUGCGUGAUUUAUGGGUCGACCGUCAAGAUCGUCGAGAACCGAGUCCUUUGGAAAAGACUACAAUGAAAGAUGCAUUAGGAAAAUAUUCAGAUGAAUUAUUGGAUUCAACAUGUGUCAGUGAAUUACGUGAUCAGCGGAAACUAUCUACAUCGGGUUGGCUUCGUAUAUUCUUAAAAUCAGUUGAUAAACUACAGAAACAAGUAGAAGAUGGUGGAGGUGACAAAUACUUAGUAUGGGAUAAGGAUGACUCGGAAGCUAUGGAUUUUGUCGCCUCAGCAUCAAUUAUUCGAUCACAGUUAUUUCAUUUACCUGGUGCUGAUCAGUUAACCAGAUUUAUUAUUAAAUCUUUAGCUGGGAAUAUCAUACCGGCCGUAGCAUCAACAAAUGCCAUCGUCGCUGGUCUUAUGGUACUACAAGCUAGACAUAUUUUAUCUAAAAAGUUUGAGCGUAUUCGUACUGUUUACAUACAUCGUCGACCAACUGGUCGACGUGGCAAUCGUCGUCUUGUAGUCCCUGUUGAACCAGCACUACCGAAUCCAUCUUGUUUAGUGUGUAGUGAUUCUGUUAGAAAUUCUCAACUGCAUUUACUCUGUGCACCGGAAUUAUUAACAUUGCGUAUUCUACGUGAUCGUAUCUUGGUACGACAUUUAGGUAUGCUUGCUCCAGAUGUCGAGGUACCUGAUCGUGGCAUUAUACUAAUAUCAAGUGAAGAAGAUGAAACAGAUGAAGAGACGUUAAAUAAAACAUUAGCUGACUUUAAAUUAACACAUGGAACUUGUUUACAAUGUGAUGAUUUUCGUCAAGAUUUUACCAUUCAACUUAUUUUAUCAUGUAUUAGUGUAGAAUUGGCUAAUGCAUUACCUAAUCCGUCUGAUUCAUCAACAUCAACGUCAACAUUAAACUUUAAUAUCGAUAGUCGUUUAACAGAGCAAUUUAAUAAUGAAGAACAACAAUCUGAAAUAUGGAGAAUUGUAGGUGAUAUCAAUUCCAUUUUAUCAAAUUCAAAAGAUAAUACAGUAUCAGAAAAGAAUGCUGAAAUAGAGAACAAUGAAAAUACAGAUAAAUUUGUUCACAACAAUAAUGUUGAUACAGAGGAUGAUUUAGUUGAAAUUACUGAAGAAUCUAUGACUACUUUAAAUCAAGAUUUGGAAAAUGGUGUUAAUAAUAAUACUAGUAUUAAUAGUAAUAGUAAUAAACGUAAAUUUCUCGACACAAUCAGUUGUGAUGAUCAAGACAAUAUGAAUAGAAUCAAAGAGAAGAAAUUACGAUUUGAUAAAGAAUUGACAACAUUAUCAUCACCUAUUAUUGUACCAGUUGCUGACGACGAUGAUGGUGAUGAUGAUGAUUUAAUCAUUAUUGAAUGA